AUGUGCUGGACUAUCGGGCUAGUCAGCCGCCUAGCCUUUGCAGAUCCACUCAAGCGAAACUCUGACGUCGGCCGUGCACUUUUCCCCCUCAUCGUUACUCCGCAUUUUGAUGUGGUGGAUGUUCUCCGAGCAAGGGAAAACCCCGGCGGGAUCCCUGAGGCAACUUGCCGAUACUGGAGUAGUCUUGGGUUCCUGAUCCAGCCACAGCCGUCCUUUGGUUCUUCCCGGCUUAUCUCUCUCCGGGAUGUCGCUGCCACCUUCGUCAUAGUUAAACCGUUAGAGUUUGCCCCUGUUUCUCUUUUGCUCUAUCGUUGA